ACUAAUUCAUAGGGCUUAGGGCUAAAUAGGUGCCAGUAAGAGGUGACAGAGAUUGUCAUCAGAGCCUGACAGGUGUUAUUAGCUCCAUCAGUCAGUCUGUGACUCCACCUGGUGGCAGAAAGCAGCACUAAGACAGGGCGGCAAAAUGAGCGCAGAUGGGAAAAAAGAACCCCCUCCCUACAUCGUACCAGUAGAACGUCAGGGAGAUGGAGUAAGGGUUUACCACCUGCACACCCCAUUCAACCCUCACAGCUCUCAGGGAAUCUCCGACUCUCAGUCUACGCCAGUGUACACCAAAGGAGGAGGCGGCGUCGGCUCAGGUCUCGAGGCUGGAGAUACCAAAAGGAAGUUUGUCAGCUACGACACGGCUCUGGGGAAUUCUCCCGGGAUGAUAACCUGCUCUUCCUGCCAGCAGCAGGUCAUGACCAACGUCACCUACAAAGCAGGGACGUACGCCUGGCUGAUGUGUUUACUCUUCAUCUGCUGCGGGUUAGUCCUGUGCUGCUGCCUGAUCCCUUUCUUUGUGAAAAACUUCAAGGAUGCUUACCACACGUGCCCCCGCUGCAACAGAGUCCUGCAUGUUGAGAAGAAAAAAUGCUGUAAAUGAUGAACAUGGGGGCAGACAUGGACCCACAGAAAUAAGAAAAAGGAUCCUGUUA